AUGGCGGGUAUCUUUCGCACGAUCUAUGACUGGCUCCUGAGGAUGUUCUGGGCGACGGAGAUGGAUGUGACCAUGAUUGGUCUCCAGAAUGCAGGAAAGUCUUCGUUGUUACGUGUGCUUGCGGGCGGCGAGUUCACUGUAGAUUCUAUUCCCACGAUCGGGUUCAACACGAAACGAGUUCAGAAGGGACAUGUGACUCUCAAAUGCUGGGAUCUAGGUGGACAGCCACGGUUUCGACCGAUGUGGGAGCGAUACUGUCGUGGAGUGAAUGCGAUCGUGUACAUUGUGGAUGCAGCAGAUCGGGCUGCCUUACCCGUAGCCAAAGAGGAGUUGCACGAGCUGAUGAACAAAGAGACGCUUAACGGGAUCCCACUGUUGGUUCUUGGGAACAAGUCCGACCUUCCGGAGAAGCUGUCGGUCGACGAUCUGAUCCACGAGAUGGACCUGAAAUCCAUCACUCAUCGCGAAGUGAGCUGCUAUGGGAUCAGUGCUAAAGAGGAGACGAACCUCGAUGCUGUUCUGCAUUGGUUAAUCGCUCGAGCCAGUCGAUGA